UUCUACUAGUUGCCGAUAAAAGGAAAUCCGUGGUGUGCUUCGGACUCGAUUUCAAAAUUAAACGCUCGACGACCAUGCACAAAAUCUCUCGUCGAUCGAGAUAACCGUUAUGUAAAUUCAUUCGGACGUUGGGUAUUCCGGAAUCAGUCAGCUGAAGGAAGUUUCGAGAGGUGUCGGGCCGAGAUAUCGCACGGAAAGGAUCGCGAAGCUCUGACUGAUUAACGUAGUAAGACUACGUUUAGAAGGCAGCCAUCUUGCAAUCCCUAAUCAAAGAUCUUCGGCUAGCGGGUAUCGUUCUCUCUCUGGUUUUUUCGGCCAGUUAAUAUCAACACACAGUUCUUCAAAUGGCUUUAAAACGAAUUAAUAAGGAACUUCAGGACCUUGGAAGAGAUCCACCCGCGCAAUGUUCUGCAGGCCCCGUUGGAGAUGAUCUAUUCCACUGGCAGGCAACUAUUAUGGGACCACCUGACAGUCCGUAUCAAGGAGGCGUAUUUUUCCUAACAAUUCACUUUCCCACAGACUACCCAUUUAAACCACCUAAGGUUGCUUUCACGACUAGAAUUUAUCAUCCUAAUAUCAACAGUAACGGAAGUAUUUGUUUGGAUAUAUUAAGAUCGCAAUGGUCACCAGCACUUACUAUAUCGAAGGUGUUACUCUCAAUAUGUUCUUUGCUCUGCGAUCCAAAUCCAGACGAUCCAUUAGUACCAGAGAUAGCAAGGAUAUACAAAACUGACAGGGAGAAAUACAAUGAAUUGGCACGCGAAUGGACGCGCAAGUAUGCCAUGUGAUGCGCCAAUCUCCGUUGACCUCAACAUCCGAACGCCACCAACAAGCAGCCCCAGCCUAUUGCCACUUAUGCAUCAGCACAGAUUGAAAUUAGUUAUGGCUCGUCUACUUUUAAACUUAAGCCGCGACUCAGGCCCGAAGAAUCCUCUCAGGCAAGCGUCGACGAACUGUGGAGUUUCCCUUCGCCCUGGGUGGCCCGCGAAUACUAAGACGUUGCCACGAUGGCAAUCAAGGCAAUUUUAAAGGUGGUCACACAUACACACACAUAUACACAUAUACACACACGUACACGAAUACACACAACAUUAUAUACAUAAUUCAGAUUACAAAAAAAGGAAAAAAGGGAAAAAAAAAAUGACAAAAAAAAAUUUACCAACAAACAUGUCCGCUUUGAUUUUCAUAAAUAAAAAAGGGAAAAAAGAACAUAUGGAAGUAAAAGAAAAAAUAACAUAGGAGAGUGAAAGUAGGAUUUGUAUUUCAAUUGAAUAGUUUAAUUUUUAAUUAUAUUGUGCUUAUAUAUGGAUAACUGUAAUAUUAUAUACCUACUUUCUCAGUGAAAUGGAAAUGAAAAAAAUACAAACAAACAAACCUUCGAACUGACAGCACACCGAUUGUUAGUUUAAAAAAACGCAAGUGAGCAAUGUUUGCCCGUCCCCUGGAAUGAUACGGUCACUUUUUUGUAAGACUGGGCUAUAUAUAAAUACUAAUGAAACUAUA